GCGGCGGCGGCGGCGACGGCGGCGCCGGGUCGCAGAGACCGACUGACUUCCUUCGCUUCCCCGCGCCCGGGCUUGGCUCGGCCUUGGCCUUGGGCUUUCUCCCGCCGGGGGUGCGUAGAGCGGGCCCGCCCGUGUGUCCCCUGCCGCGUUUCGUCCGCCUCCCGCCCGUGGGAUCGCUCAGGCCACCCCGCCCGCCUGGCUCCAGAUUUCCAUGAGGACAACUUCCAGGGUCGUGAAUGGCCUCGUUUUAGCUGUAUCUGUGUGCGGGGCUGUCACGUGCUCCUCUUGCCGGGCCUGGUGGACGGUGGCCACUGAGCACCAUGAAGGUUGUUCCAGAGAAGAAUGCUGUGCGGAUUCUCUGGGGACGAGAGCGGGGCACGAGAACUUUUGGAGCUCAGAGACUUCUGCAGGAGCUGGUAGAAGAUAAGACUCGGUGGAUGAAAUGGGAGGGCAAGAGAGUAGAACUUCCAGAUAGUCCACGCUCUACAUUUUUACUUGCCUUCAGCCCAGACAGGACUCUCUUGGCUUCCACCCACGUGAACCAUAAUAUCUAUAUCACAGAGGUGAAGACUGGCAAGUGUGUCCACUCUCUGAUUGGGCAUCGCCGCACUCCAUGGUGUGUCACUUUUCACCCUACCAUCUCAGGCCUUAUUGCUUCUGGCUGCCUAGAUGGUGAGGUUAGGAUUUGGGAUUUACACGGUGGCAGUGAAAGCUGGUUCACAGAUAGCAACAAUGCCAUUGCCUCUCUGGCUUUCCACCCUACGGCUCAGCUCCUGCUGAUUGCUACUGCCAAUGAGAUCCAUUUCUGGGAUUGGAGUCGGCGGGAGCCUUUCGCUGUGGUGAAGACAGCUAGUGAGAUGGAGCGGGUCCGUCUGGUGAGAUUUGAUCCUCUUGGACACUACUUACUCACAGCAAUUGUUAACCCCUCUAAUCAGCAGGGUGAUGACGAACCGGAGAUCUCCUUGGAUGGAACCGAACUCUCACACUACCGUCAGCGCGCCCUCCUGCAAUCCCAGCCGGUCCGCCGGACGCCUCUCCUUCACAAUUUCCUGCACAUGCUGUCCUCACGUUCCUCUGGCAUCCAGGUGGGAGAGCAAAGCACAGUGCAAGAUUCUGCUACCCCCUCACCCCCACCGCCUCCCCCUCAGCCCUCCACGGAACGCCCCAGGACUUCCGCUUACAUCCGGCUCCGACAGCGGGUCAGUUACCCCACAGCUGAGUGCUGCCAGCACCUUGGGAUCCUGUGCCUUUGCAGCCGUUGCUCUGGCACGAGAGUUCCUUCCCUCUUGCCACACCAGGACAGUGUCCCCCCUGCUUCUGCCAGGGCUACUACCCCUUCCUUUUCUUUUGUACAGACCGAGCCCUUCCACCCCCCGGAGCAGGCCUCGUCAGCGCAGCAGGACCAGGGCCUCCUGACCCGGCCGUCUGCCUUCAGUACGGUCCAGAGCAGCACUGCCGGCAACACGCUCCGCAACCUCAGUCUGGGGCCCACACGGCGCUCACUGGGCGGCCCUCUGUCCAGUCAUCCUUCCCGGUACCACCGGGAACUGGCCCCGGGGCUCACGGGUUCCGAGUGGACUCGGACAGUGCUCAGCUUGAACUCGCGUGCAGAGGCCGAGGCCAUGCCCCCGCCCAGGACCAGUGCCUCCUCCGUGAGUCUGCUAUCUGUGCUGCGGCAGCAGGAAGGUGGCUCCCAAGCCUCGGUGUACACGUCGGCCACGGAAGGUCGGGGCUUCCCUGCGGCGGGCGAUUCGGAAGGAGGGAAUGGCUCGGGCCAGGGCGGUGCCGGCAGCAUCCGCCACGAGCUCCAGUGCGACCUGCGACGCUUCUUUCUGGAGUAUGAUCGGCUCCAGGAGCUAGACCAGAGCCUGAGUGGGGAAGCCCCCCAGAGCCAGCAGGCUCAGGAAAUGCUCAACAAUAACCUCGAAUCAGAGCGGCCCGGCCCUUCCCACCAGCCCACCCCACACAGUAGCGAGAACAACUCCAACUUGUCCCGCGGCCAUCUGAACCGCUGCCGAGCCUGCCACAAUCUCCUGACCUUCAACAACGACACCCUGCGCUGGGAGCGAACCACGCCGAACUAUGCCCCAAAUGAGGCCAGCUCCUCCUGGCAGGUGCCCAGCUCCUUUGAGGGGAUGCCACCCAGUGGCAGCCAGUUGCCACCUCUUGAGCGGACUGAGGGCCAGGCGCCCAGCUCCAGCAGGCUGGAGUUGAGCAGCUCCGCUAGUCCACAGGAGGAGAGGACUGUGGGGGUGGCCUUCAACCAGGAAACUGGCCACUGGGAGAGAAUUUACACCCCGUCCAGCAGAUCUGGAACUGUACCACAGGAGGCCUUACAUCAGGAGAUGCCCGAGGAGAGCUCCGAGGAGGAUUCGCUGCGGAGGAGGCUGCUGGAGUCUUCCCUCAUUUCAUUAUCCCGUUAUGAUGGAGCAGGAUCCAGAGAGCACCCAAUAUACCCAGACCCAGCGAGAUUGUCUCCUGCUGCAUACUACGCCCAGAGGAUGAUCCAAUAUCUCUCGAGGAGAGACAGCAUUCGUCAGCGCUCCAUGCGCUACCAGCAGAACCGGCUCCGGUCUUCCACCUCCUCUUCCUCAGACAGCCAGGGUCCAUCCGUGGAGGGAACCGACUUGGAAUUCGAGGACUUUGAGGACAAUGGUGACAGAUCCAGACACCGAGCUCCACGCAAUGCCCGGAUGUCUGCACCUUCGCUUGGACGCUUUGUCCCAAGGCGUUUCUUGCUGCCUGAGUACUUGCCUUAUGCGGGAAUAUUUCAUGAACGUGGACAGCCUGGCUUGGCUACUCACUCUUCUGUUAACAGAGUUCUGGCAGGGGCAGUGAUUGGUGAUGGACAGUCUGCAGUGGCCAGUAACAUUGCCAAUACCACCUACCGGCUCCAAUGGUGGGAUUUCACUAAGUUCGACCUACCUGAAAUCAGUAAUGCCUCCGUGAAUGUGCUGGUUCAGAACUGCAAGAUCUACAAUGACGCCAGCUGUGACAUUUCUGCAGACGGCCAGCUCCUGGCAGCUUUUAUCCCCAGUAGCCAGCGGGGCUUUCCCGACGAAGGCAUCCUAGCUGUGUACUCCCUGGCCCCCCAUAACCUGGGUGAAAUGCUCUACACCAAACGGUUUGGUCCUAACGCCAUUUCGGUGAGCCUGUCCCCCAUGGGCCGGUAUGUAAUGGUGGGCUUGGCCUCCCGAAGGAUCCUGCUGCACCCCUCCACAGAGCACAUGGUGGCCCAGGUCUUCAGGCUACAACAGGCCCAUGGUGGUGAGACCUCCAUGCGGCGAGUUUUCAAUGUCCUUUACCCCAUGCCUGCAGACCAGCGGAGACAUGUCAGCAUCAACUCUGCCCGCUGGCUGCCAGAGCCAGGGCUCGGCCUGGCCUAUGGCACCAACAAAGGAGACCUGGUGAUCUGCCGGCCAGAGGCCUUGAACUCUGGUGUCGAGUACUACUGGGACCAGCUGAAUGAGACCGUCUUCACUGUCCACUCCAGCAGCAGGAGCAGUGAGAGGCCUGGAACCAGCAGGGCCUCGUGGAGGACAGACAGAGACAUGGGCCUGAUGAAUGCCAUUGGGCUGCAGCCCCGCAACCCCACCACCUCCGUGACAUCUCAGGGCACCCAGACUCUGGCUUUACAGCUGCAGAAUGCCGAGACCCAGACGGAAAGGGAGAUGCAGGAGCCAGAGACAGCGGCUUCAGGGCCUGGAGCAGGUGACAAUGCAGAGCCAGGUGCCAGCGGGGAGGACGCCUUGAGCAGGAUCCAGCGGCUGAUGGCUGAGGGGGGCAUGACAGCUGUGGUGCAGCGGGAACAGAGCACCACCACCGCCUCCAUGGGCGGCUUCGGCAACAACAUCAUUGUCAGCCACCGCAUCCACCGCAGCUCCCAGACGGGCACUGAGCCCGCCGCCCGGGCUGCCUCGCCCCAGCCCUCCACCUCACGGGGACUGAUCCCUGAGCCGGGACCGAUGGCGGAGCGAGGCCUGAGCCCCCGGACAACCACCUGGGACCAGCCUGCAGGUCCCGGGAGGGAGCCCCUGCCGCCCUCUACCCCGGGUCCUGUCCCUGGCCCCCUUCCCAGCACCGAGGGACCAGCCUUGCACUGCGACCUGACCAGCGAUGCCUGCCUACCUGACGGGAGUGGAAACAGUAGAGGGGAUGCUGCAGGCCCCAGUAGGGAGCCACGGAACAGGUAGAGACCACCGAGGGCACCAACGCCUCCCUCAAACCGCCGAGCAGAAGCUGGACCUCACGAUUGACUUACUGGGGACUGGACCCGAGGGGGCUGCGGCGGGCUCAGGAGAGAGGGCCGGCGGUGGAGUGGAAGGCGCAGUCGGUGGGCAUGAGACAGCGGAAGGGGGCCAGACUGGCCUCGGGAUCCUGGAAUCUUCCAGCCAUGCUGCUGUGCUCAGGGCAAAUGGAGGAGCCAGUGGGUGACCCUGCCACGAUUUCCCCCACCCCUUUCUCCUAGAAGCCUGGCCCCAGGGUCAGCCCAGGGCUGAGAGCUCCAGAAGGGUGAAGAGCAGCCUCCCUUUCCGAGCCCGCCCGAGCUGCAGCCCUGCCUCCUGCACACUCCCCAGAGACCGCAGUGGGUCAGGCCCCGACUCCCCGAGUCCCAAGGAAAGGGGCCUCCAGCACUUACAGACGGGGCACACCUGCGGAACAAGGGGCAGCGUGCAGCAGUGGGCAGGCCCUCACGCAGGAGGGGGGGUGUAGGCUGGCCGACCAGUCCCCGGAGCUUGUCCAUGCAUCCCCCUUCCUCAGCAGCACCGGGGGUGUCAGUAUUACCGAGCCACCGCCGGGGCCAGCUCCAGGCCUCCAGGUCCGAGUGUGAGGUCUUGGUCUGUGAUUACGGUGUUGCAUGUGGAACCUUGAACUGUACGUGUAGUUUCUAGUGGCGAAAUCAAGGCUCUGAUUCUUUCGUUUUUAGUAUGAAAAUGUGAUUUCUGUUUGUAACUCAUCCUAGAAACCUUGUGGUGGGAGGAGAGGGGAUAGUCUGAUUGCUAAUGAGGGAAACACCAAAGAUCUAUAUAUCAUUAAAAUGAUGAUGUGCCCCUCA